UGGCUCGCUCUCCUCCCUGUUGCCGUGGAAACAGGGCUGGUCCAGGUGCAGCCACUAACUGGCGUCCUCCCGGUCACGUGGGGUCUAGACAAGGAGCAGUGGAAAAAGUAGUGCGUCUGCGUUCUCAUCAACGGCGAGUUGACGGGAGCAGGCUGCGUAGUUCUCCGGUAACCCUACAAACAAAGUAACGGUGGCCUGUCGUCGGCCCGGUCAUCGACUCAGCGUUCAUCUGGAAUAGAAAGUAUCUAGAACAAAUAAAUGUUCGAAGAACAUGUAAUGUGGACUCGUCACGCUGAGGCUUCGCGGUAUUUCCUCCGCUGUAGUCUUUACCGGGAAGCUGUGGACUUGGACCGCAGACCAGCACAUCCCCGCGGCCGCCAGUCGGAAUAUGCUGCAUCAUGGAAUGCGCUCGUCUAAACUUUGAGUUUCCGGUCGGGCUCGGUGGCAGCACGGGGAGCUGCGGAGACUAAGGGGGGAAAGAGGUAAAGCUUCUCCCGCUGCGUGUACCUGUGGAUGUUGGACGCCUGUGUCAGUGAACGGCGCGCGCACCUCCAGGACCUACAGGCGCUGGCUGUGCUGGGAUGCUCGCUUCCCUUCCAGCUGUGGUUUCUCCAGUAAGACCGGUGCUCUCCCGGGAUGGCCCGCUUUGAAGACGAACUCUCCGGCCGCUAUGGAGGCAGCUGUCCCAUGGGACCGAGCAGAGGGGCCGGCCGGCCCCCGGGGGUCCAGAGGGUGUACAAGCAGACGAUGGCGCAGAGAGCCAGGACCAUGGCCAUUUACAACCCCAUUCCGGUCAAACAGAACUGCCUCACCGUUAACCGCUCUCUGUUCGCCUUCAGUGAGGAUAACAUCAUACGGAAAUAUGCCAAAAGGAUCACAGAGUGGCCUCCAUUUGAGUACAUGAUCCUGGCCACCAUAAUAGCAAACUGCAUUGUGCUGGCCCUGGAGCAACACCUCCCGGCCUUGGACCAAACACCAAUGUCAGAGCGUUUGGACGACACAGAGCCCUACUUUAUUGGAAUAUUUUGUUUUGAGGCUGGCAUCAAGAUCAUCGCACUGGGCUUUGCCUUUCACAAAGGCUCAUACCUGCGUAAUGGCUGGAAUGUAAUGGAUUUUGUGGUGGUCCUAACAGGGAUCCUUGCCACUGUUGGGGCUGACUUUGAUCUGACGACACUGAGGGCUGUGAGAGUGUUGCGGCCACUCAAACUGGUCUCCGGCAUUCCAAGUCUUCAGGUGGUAUUAAAGUCUAUUAUGAAAGCCAUGGUGCCUCUGCUGCAGAUUGGCUUGCUACUCUUCUUCGCCAUCCUCAUGUUUGCGAUCAUUGGCCUUGACUUCUACAUGGGCAAGUUCCACCGCACCUGCUUUAGAAUUGACACAGACGAACAAGUAGCGGAUUUCCCUUGUGGGCUGGAGGCUCCAGCAAGGACCUGUGCUAAUGGCACAGCCUGCAGGGAGUACUGGACUGGACCCAACUUUGGUAUCACCAACUUUGACAAUAUCCUCUUCGCGGUUCUCACGGUUUUCCAGUGCAUCACAAUGGAGGGAUGGGUGGACAUUCUCUACAACGCCAACGAUGCUUCAGGGAACACAUGGAACUGGCUAUACUUCAUCCCCCUCAUCAUCAUUGGUUCCUUCUUCAUGCUAAAUCUGGUGUUGGGUGUGCUGUCAGGGGAGUUUGCCAAGGAGAGAGAGCGGGUGGAGAAGAGGCAAGAAUUUCUGAAGCUGCGCAGGCAACAACAGAUUGAAAGAGAGUUAACUGGGUACCUGGAAUGGAUCUGCAAGGCAGAGGAGGUGAUGCUGGCUGAGGAAGACCAGAACGCAGAGGAGAAGUCUCUGGAUGGAGUAUGGUACAAAAAGAAACGCAACAGCUCUGUGCUGAAAAGGACCAAGAAGAGUAAGAAUGACCUCAUCAAUGCAGAGGAAGGCGAAGACCACUUCACUGACAUCUCAUCCGUUGCCCCCCCAGGGUCGCCGUUCGCCCGAGCCAGCUUGAAGUGUAAGAACGAGAGCUCCUCUUACUUUAGAAGGAAAGAAAAGAGGAUACGCUUCACCAUCCGCCAUCUGGUCAAGUCCCAGAGCUUCUACUGGACUGUGCUAUGUCUGGUUGGCCUCAACACGUUGUGUGUAGCCAUUGUCCACUAUGACCAGCCCGAGUGGCUCACCUUUGCACUCUACCUAGCAGAGUUUGCCUUUCUUGGCCUGUUUCUGGCUGAGAUGUUCAUAAAAAUGUAUGGCCUCGGACCCCAGAACUACUUCCACUCAUCGUUCAACUGUUUUGACUUUGGGGUGAUCAUUGGCAGUAUUUUUGAGGUGAUCUGGGCUGCCAUCAAACCCGGGGCGUCAUUUGGGAUCAGUGUGCUGCGGGCUCUGCGGCUGCUCAGGAUUUUUAAAGUGACAAAGUACUGGAACUCUUUGAGGAAUCUGGUGGUAUCCCUCCUCAACUCAAUGAAGUCUAUCAUCAGCCUGCUGUUCCUCCUCUUCCUCUUCAUUGUUGUCUUUGCACUUCUGGGCAUGCAGCUGUUUGGUGGCCAAUUUAAUUUUGAAGACGAAACGCCGACAACAAACUUCGACACAUUCCCAGCAGCGAUUCUCACUGUGUUCCAGAUCCUAACUGGGGAGGACUGGAAUGCAGUCAUGUACCAUGGGAUCGAAUCCCAAGGAGGAGUUCAAAGGGGAAUGUUCUCCUCCAUCUAUUUUAUUGUUCUCACUCUCUUCGGAAACUACACACUUCUCAACGUAUUCUUGGCAAUUGCUGUCGAUAACCUUGCAAAUGCACAAGAGCUUACUAAGGAUGAAGAAGAGCAGGAGGAGGCCAUCAAUAAGAAGCUUGCCCUCCAGAAGGCUAAGGAGGUAACAGAGGCCAGCCCCACGUCAGCCACUAACAUCUCCAUCGCAGCUUUUCUAACACGCAGUCGAGGUAACGCGCACUCAAGCGGCUCAUCUGUCUGCAGUGUUAACUCCUUGAGUUAUGUCUGCACCCCAGUCCAUCAGUACCUGAGUAAGGACCAGCAGAAAUCAAUGAAGACAAUGUCUGUAUGGGAGCAGAGGACCAAACAAUUGAGGAGGCAAAACCAGGCGAGCUGCGAGGCCCUCUACAGUGAGCUGGAGCUUGAGGAGCGUCUCCGCCUGUCCUCAGCCCUCCACACCCGGCCAGACAUGAAAACCCACCUUGACCGGCCACUCGUUGUCGAGCCUCGUGAAGGGCCUUUCCAUGCUGGCCAUAAAUACCACCAUCACAAGCCUUGCAUGUCAGAGGCAGGGUUGACAGCCACUGCUCCUCCUCCCCCUGUUCCUCGCAACCACAACUGCCACAGAGAGAGAGACGCUGACCCGGCCAGAGCAAGACAGGUUACAAAUGAUAACACUGGUACCAGUAAGGACGGAGGCCCUCAUGUCCAUCACAGGAACUCCAAGGAUCCCAAAGGCAGCUUCGGAAAUAUGCGGAAAAGCGAAGGGUCCCACAGGACACACAACCAUCAGAGCUCAGUGGAUCACAGCGGAGCGGGAGGACUCACUAGGGCGAGAGAGCAUCGGCAUCACUCGCACCGGCAGUCCAAAGCGGGCAACGGGACAGUAAACAGUGGUGACAGGGCGGAUCCAAGAUCCCGCCACAAAGACAAAUUGUCAUCUAACAGGAAUGGGGAUCGACAUUGUAAAGGAGACAGUGGAAGCCCUGGAGAGAGGAGGCAUCGGAUUCAAAGAUCCAAGGGCGAAUCAGUUGAAGGAGAGGAGUCCAACGAAAGAAAGAAGACCCACAACAGGGACAGGUUCGGUGACCUGUCGGGAAAGUCCUUCGCUUUCUCCCCCCAGCAGGACUUUAAGGGGUGCAGCUGGCCUCCUGACCAACCAGAGGACUCAGACCACCAGAGGGGGGUCAGAAGAACUGGCCAAACCUCCAUUCAAAUUCUUCCUGUGACUAUCACAUCCCCAUCUGGAGACCCCCCCUUUAUACAAACUACUGUUCUUCGCAGUACAGUGAAUAGUUUUGACUGUGAGACAAUGCCCAUGAAGGAGAGUGGAUCCAAACCCAUCCUGCCUUACAGUUCCAUGUUCAUCUUUGGACACACCAAUCCGGUGAGGCGGUUAUGUCACUAUAUUGUGACUCUGCGUUAUUUUGAGAUGUCCAUCCUGGUUGUCAUUACUAUGAGCAGUAUUGCUUUGGCAGCAGAGGACCCUGUCUGGACAAAUGCUCCUCGCAACAAUGUGCUCAAAUAUCUGGACUACGUCUUCACUGGUGUUUUCACGUUUGAAAUGGUGAUCAAGAUGGUGGACCUUGGCCUGUUGCUUCAUCCUGGAGCCUACUUCCGGGACCUCUGGAACAUUCUAGACUUCAUAGUGGUCAGUGGGGCACUGGUGGCUUUUGCAUUUUCGAGCUUCAUGGGUAGAUCGCAACAAGGUGUGACCAGGGGGACCAAAGGCAAGGACAUCAGCACAAUCAAGUCACUGAGGGUUCUCAGAGUGCUCAGGCCUCUAAAAACCAUCAAACGUCUGCCAAAACUGAAGGCGGUGUUUGACUGUGUGGUCAAUUCUUUAAAGAAUGUGCUGAACAUCCUCAUAGUUUACAUCCUCUUCAUGUUCAUCUUUGCGGUCAUUGCGGUUCAGCUCUUUAAGGGAAAAUUCUUCUACUGCACAGACGAGUCCAAGGGCCUCGAGAAGGACUGCAAAGGGCAGUUUCUUGACUACGACCAAGAUGAGGUGGCCGCCAUGCCCAGAGAGUGGAAGAAAUAUGAGUUCCAUUAUGACAAUGUUCUUUGGGCCUUCCUGACCCUCUUCACGGUCUCCACUGGGGAGGGCUGGCCAACUGUCUUGAAGCACUCUGUGGAUGCUACCUUUGAAGACACGGGUCCCAGUCCAGGCUACCGGAUAGAAAUGUCCAUCUUCUAUGUGGUUUACUUUGUGGUCUUCCCUUUCUUUUUUGUGAACAUCUUCGUCGCUCUAAUCAUCAUCACCUUCCAGGAGCAGGGAGACAAGGCCCUAUCUGAGUGCAGCUUGGAAAAGAAUGAGAGGGCUUGUAUUGACUUUGCCAUAAACGCCAGACCUCUAACACGCUACAUGCCCCAGGACAAGCAGUCCUUUCAGUACAAGAUGUGGAAGUUUGUGGUCUCCCCUCCAUUUGAGUAUUCUAUCAUGAUCAUGAUUGCUCUCAAUACUAUAGUACUCAUGAUGAAGUUCCAUGGAGCUCCAGACUUCUAUGAAGCAAUGCUGAAGAACCUCAACAUAGUCUUCACCACCCUUUUCUCUCUGGAGUGUAUCCUAAAAAUCAUUGCGUUUGGUCCAUUGAACUACUUAAGGGAUGCCUGGAACGUGUUUGACUUUGUCACCGUGUUGGGCAGCAUCACUGACAUCCUGGUGACGGAAAUCAAUACCACGGACAAGCUGCUGAACCUGAGCUUCCUGAGGCUGUUUAGAGCUGCUCGGCUCAUCAAGCUGCUAAGACAGGGCUACACCAUUCGCAUACUGCUGUGGACCUUUGUCCAGUCCUUCAAGGCCCUGCCUUAUGUAUGCCUUCUGAUUGCGAUGCUGUUCUUCAUUUACGCCAUCAUUGGGAUGCAGGUGUUUGGCAACAUUGCGCUGAAUGAGGAUACAGCUAUCAAUCAUCACAACAACUUCCGUACUUUCCUCCAAGCGCUCAUGCUGCUGUUCAGGAGUGCAACUGGCGAGGCCUGGCACGAGAUAAUGUUGUCCUGUCUAAGUCAGCGAGCCUGUGACGCGCGAUCGGGGUCCCAUGGGAACGAGUGUGGCAGUGAUUUUGCAUACUUCUACUUUGUCUCCUUCAUCUUCCUCUGUUCCUUCCUGAUGCUGAACCUGUUUGUGGCUGUCAUAAUGGACAACUUUGAGUACCUAACCAGAGACUCCUCCAUCCUGGGACCUCAUCACCUCGAUGAGUUCAUCCGGGUUUGGGCUGAGUACGACCCGGCUGCAUGCGGACGGAUUUCCUAUAAGGAUAUGUACAAUUUGUUACGCAUUAUCUCACCCCCCCUGGGCUUAGGAAAGAACUGCCCUAAUAGGGUAGCAUACAAGCGCCUCGUUAAAAUGAACAUGCCCAUUGCUGAUGACAACAGCGUCCAUUUCACCUCCACCCUGAUGGCCCUGAUUCGCACUGCCCUGGAGAUCAAACUGGCCUCAGGUAUGGUAGCCCAGUGCUUAUCUGAUGCUGAGUUAAAGAAGGAGUUGUCUACAGUGUGGCCCAGUCUCUCUCAAAAGACCAUGGAUCUGUUGGUGACACCACAUAAACCCAAUGAACUUACCAUUGGAAAGGUUUAUGCGGCUCUGAUGAUCUUCGACUACUACAAGCAGAAUCGAGCGAAGAGGCUGCAGCAGCAGCAGCAGCAACAGGGCGCGUCAGGCUCCCAGUGCAAGGUCGGAGCUCUGUUUACGCCAUUGCUGCCUCUGACUCAAAUGCAGGAGAAAGAUCUGCCUUUGAUGCUAAACAGUGUGGAGCCUCCCAGCAUGCUUCAGCCUCAGCCCAAACUCCAUGCCAAGUCCCAGCCACAGACCAGACCUAGCUCCAACUCCCUCAACAAUGGAGCCACACUGCCAGGACAUAACCGCAACAUCAACGUAUCAUCUUCCUGGUUAAUGGAGAAACCCGAGGAAGUUCCCCGAGCUAAGAGAAUCGUAAUUAAGGGCCCAUCAGAGGACACACCAGACAUUGCUGUAGUGCAGGAAUCCGUGGAGAUGAAGAAAAUGGAGACCAGUGCCAGCGGCACAAUACCAGUCCCUGGCUCUGGUCUGGACAACAACGGCAGAGCAGCCUCUAUGCCUCGACUCAAUGCUAAACAGCCGACUGUUCCUAAUGGCAGCCCGAUGAAGCGCUCAGCCUCCAGUGUGGCCCCACACCAACCCCAGGAGAUCAAUCUGCGAGACUACACCUUGGAGAAACCUGUCCAAGACAGGCCCCGCCGCCACCGCCACCACCACCACCACCACCACCACCAAUGCCACCGUCGCCGAGAUAGGGACAGAGAAAAAGACAAGGAGAAGAGGCAGAGGCCUUUGGAAACACCUCAAUGUGGUCAACCACCUAGAUCUGCUGGUGCAACGGGAGAGCCAGAGUCUGACCCAGCUACCUCCAAAGAUCGAGUACACGACCGCGGACGCUCCCACGACAGGAAGCACUACUCCUCUGCGGAUAAGCAGCGAUACUAUUCAUGCGACCGCUACUGCAGCCGGGAAUACUGCCCCACCAAAUCUGCUAACCCCAGCUGUGCCGUCUCCCCGAGCGAGGGGCAGGAAACCAGCAACAAGCAGGACAGUGUUUGGGUUAAAGGCAGCCCAGUGUCACUGAGUUCCAUUUCUAGCACGCCAAGCCGAAGACGUCGGCAGCUUCCCCGGACCCCCCUAACCCUGAAGCCAGGGGUGGCCUACAAGACUGCCAAUUUAUCCCCUGUGCACUUUGUGUCCAGUCGGGCUUCUCUGAGCUGCGGCCUGCCGGAGCACGAUGCCCUGUGGCACGGUACCCUCCACUUUCCCUGCCCCGUCACUCGUUUCAACUCCGAGCCCUUCCUGGGUCGGGGCCACAGCGAGGACCUGGACAGCCUGUACGGCAGCUUCCGGGACCAGCUGGAGAUCUUUCAGGAUGCAGUGUCAGUGACAUCCAGUGGCAGCAGAACUUAGUGGUGUCUAACGGGUACCACUACAACAUUGGGGGAGGCACCACCCCAGGCUCUGGUAUCAGGGUAGAGGAGAAAUGGUGCUAAAAUUGAGUGAAUUUAGUGAAUUCUUGAGGAAUUGUGAUGGGUUUUAUCAUCUUCUUGGAAGGCUUUAGUUUACAUCAUCAGUGUAUUUAUCGCUGUAUUUUUUUAUCCUAACAUGGAGAGCUAAGUUUAGGUGGGGAAUCAAAGCAGGGAAGUGGGUAAUAUAUUUGAACAUUAACAAAAAGUAAUCUUUAUCAAGGGGCUCGUAGCAUCAUAAAACAAAAUCUCACUGUAGUUUCCUCUGUAGUUUCGGCUUUGACUCAAGCUUUUUCAUUACACAAAAUUAAUACUAAUUAUUAAUACAACACAUUAAUUGCACAUAUCCGAUUUCUCCAUUGUACAUGUUCAAAUCUGUAAUUAGUGCAGCUUUAACAAUACAUUAUUAUAGUAUAGUAUAUACAGUAAAGUUUGGACACAUAUAUAAAUAUAUGUAUGUAUGUAAUUAUAUCUAUGUAUGUGUGUAUAUAUAUUUAUAUAGAUGUGUCUAUAUAAAUAUAACCUAUACUAGUCGACGUGGCGCAGGGAUAGAGAGGGUGGGGAACCGCAAGGUUGGCAGUUUGAGCCCCGGCUGCUCCAUGUCCAUGUCCCAUGUCGAAGUGUCCCUGAGCAAGACACCUAACCCCUAAUUGCUCCCCGGGCCAAAAAUGUAAAAAGCCAUGGGUUAAAAAUGUAGUGUAAGUCGCUUUGGACAAAAGCGUCAGCUAAAUUACCUGGAAUGUUUGUUCUUUGACAUCUGUGCACAACAUACACAAUAAUGGAGGCGACACAUGCAAAAGCCCUUUUUUCAUACGGCUGACGACAACACAAUACUUGUGUAUGAGUUGUGCUCUCUCUCAGCUGAUUACCAUCUUGCCUUCGUCCAUAUUAUUAUUACAGCCAAGAGCAGAGCAUACUGUAUAAUAGUCCUUAUUAAGCUGUAAGUGAAGUUAGUUAUGGACGCUUCAGUUAAAGUCAGAAUGGUGGUUUCAACAGAAAGUGAUGAAAACAGGAAAAGAAAUGUCUCAAUAGCUCAGUAAAUUCAUUAGCAAGGACCACGCUAACAACUGAAUGCGUAACAAUUGUAUUUCCGUGACGUGAGCGAUAGGGUUGUAAGUUGAUCCAUCUAGCGCUCGGACGAGUUGUGGAGUUGUGUAGAGCUAUGCCGGAGGAUCCGCCAUUGCGACCAGGCCCGGCAAACCCCUUCAGACCCUACAAAAAACAGGUAGAAAGAAUGGGUGAAGAAAAAAAAGGGUUGGGAGGGUGGGAUUUGGAAUGUGUCAACGGGACGGGAAAAGGUUUAGGGAGGUAUUUAAAGAAAUCAGAAGAGGCGUGUUGGAGGCGUGGUCCUGCUCCGAAAAUUACACCAAUCAGCUUCAAUUCACUAGCACGGACCAUGCCACCAACUGAAUGUGUUUAACAAUUCGAUUUGCGAGAUGUGAGCGAUAGGAUUAUAAAUUGAUCCGUCUAGCAGUCAAAUGGGUUGUGGGGAGCUGCGUCGAAAGGAUCCGCCGCUAUCCGCCACUAUCUUGGAAAUAGUAAAUGUAACGAAACCUGUCUUGUAGAACGGAUCAAACGACGGGAAGGUUACUUGUAUGGUCGUGGAAGCUCUUCGAAGCUGUUCAGUAAGACUAGACGUUCAUGAGUUGAACAUCAGUGCCGAACAUGGAGGAACUGGCCUCAGAAGGGCUAGGUCUCCGAACCUGGCCUGAUGGAUUAACGCAUGCAGCGUCCUUGUUGAUAUGUCAACCACUGGGAGGUUGUCUGAGAGAAUAACGAUGGGCUUGCGAUACCACUCGUGGCUCCACAGGAUCGCAGGGGCUAUGAUGGGGUCGAUCUCUUGCAAGCUUCAGAGGCCAUCUUUGCUGUGAACCAUCUUCUGUUGUAAAAGCCCCCAAAGACCAACAGAUUGAGCUGUGUCCGUGUACAAAUUUAAACCGUGUGUAUGUGUUAACAUGUUGUUGGAAAAUGAAUAAUCCUGUUGCCAUUGUCUCUGGCCGAACUUUCUCUCCAGAGUUUCAAGCGGCCUCAACUGUCCAAGGGAAUGUAAUCUGGGAGAGAUGGGAUGGAUGCGGCUAAUGCUAGGUUGUCAAAGAUCUCCCUUGAGGAACGCCGCAUAGGGCAGAGUUUAGGUGGCCUAGAGGGAAAGAAGUUGGGGUUUAGUACAGCGUGUGGCAAGGAGGAAGCUGACUGCUAAACUCCAUGAGGUAAAUCACAGUCAGACGGUAAUUUAAGGGGUGUGGUUUGCAAAGGUAUGGAGGAGCAGUCUCAGCCGUUCCCUAAGCUGAACGUGUUGACAACGUAGAUGUGUUGAUGCAUGGACAGAUGACCGGGGAGGUAUAAAUGCAUGAACGAGCAACGUAUGGAACGUAUGUCACAUGGACAGGUGAAGACUUCCGGUGCCAGGGGUUACGCCAAGCCAUUGGGGUGGGUGGGAGAGGGUGUGGGGGGGUGCCUGUGUCCCGGUUUCGUGUGCACUGGCUAGAGCAAGCUGCUGCGGUGGUGGAAAUUGCAGGGCCCUAGCAUCCAGGUGCUCCAGCUAAGGCUAGCUGGAAAGGUUUCUCCUUUCUAGAAUGUUAGGUUAUUAUUACUAAGGAUCAUGGCUGUGAGCUGACAUCUCUGUGCUGGUAGCUCCAACUAGCCACAAAUGGUGUGACUGGGAGGCAUGAAGGUCCGGCAUUCCGUUGGAAACGCCUAGUAGUGGGGUGGCUGGGAAAUUCAGAGCUACUAGUGAUUUUCAUUUGGUGUUGCAAUGCACUAAUAUUGCUUCCAUUGUUGGUAGUAAAGUGCUUACGUUUGAUCAGAGGUGUCAAGUAACGAAGUGCAAAUACUGCACUUAAGUAUAAAUUUGGGGUAUCUAUACUUUACUGGGGUAUUUAUUUUUCAGACGACUUUUUACUUCUACUCCUUACAUUGUCACGCAAAUAUUAAUAAUAGCCUCGUUACUUCCGACUUGUCGUCGUUCAAAAACACACACACAAAAAAACCUAUCCAGAUAAAUAGCGCCAAUUGGAUAGGGUGAAUUUGAUUGUGUUUGGAUGAGUAUAAACAUUUACCAUCCAGACACCCUGUUGGUUUUCUCCGCGAUGCACAUGCAGAUUACAGUGACGCCGGGUGCGAAAAGUGGUCGGUGGAAAGUUGGUAUUUUGCGACAUGGACCCUCCUCCUCCUCAUCUUCCUCAUGCAGAUUCCAUGUAACAUUAAAUGAGUACCUUCAUGACCAUGGGUUUGUCGUAAAUGUUUUUUUCUAACUUUAUUGAGGCACAGUAGCGCAGCGUCUUAAAUAAAGUGGUAUGUGUAAUGCAGCUUUAAAAAUGAUUUUUCUUUAGGCUUUAGGGAUUCUGUAUUUGCUCAUAAAGCUUGAAAAAAUUGAUUAUUUGGCCAUUGUUUUGACAAACGACCGCUGCCAGUUCAGUGUUAUAACAGGGGUGCGUGCCCCCCCCAGCCCGGAAAAAGUGUGACUCCCCCCCCCAUGACAUAGUAAACCUGGGGGAGACACUGCAGUCUACCUGAUCAAUGGGAACAACGUGUGUGUACGUCCUCUGACUCGUGUCAUUAAGCCGUCACUGGAAAAUGGGUUAAGUUAUAUAGAUACAUUUGUCCCUCUGUUGUUUCAGCCUCUCUGAAAAUCACCAUGUCACGUGAUCUGAAGACACCUUCUGAUAAUAUUGUAAUGGACUGACAUGUUCUGUGAGCAAGGUUACACAUUAAGAGAUAAGAAGAGAUGUCCUUAAUGGAAUUUCUUUGGAUGGAAUGGAAAACCAGUACUUUAUAUAUAUACUUUUACUUAAGUAAAAAGCUUGAGUUGAUACUAAAAGUCUUUUUAAACCCUAUUAUCUAUACUUCUACUUGAGUAAUGAAUGUGAAUACUUUUGACACCUCUGUGUUUGAUCAUGUGUUACCUGACCUCGGUCCUGGUUUGGAAUGCAUCAACGGGGCGGGAAGAGGGUAAGGGAGUUAUUUACAGGGACCGGAAAAGCGUGUUGGAGGCGUGGUCCUGCUCCUGAUAUUUCGCCAAUUAGCUUCAUAAGAUGUAUUAUAAGCUCAAAAAACCUCUAACAUAACACUGUAAGAACAGCAGUGUAGUUCUUUAGUUCCAUGAUAAUGCCUAAUCGGAAAGAUUAAAUGCUAUUACAAAAGUAGCAUUGAUCUUUUUUUUCAUUUUGUUUUGCACGACUCAAGAGAGAUGCAACAGAUUACUAUCUGUUUGGUUUGUUUUCUAUAAAAAUGUCUUUGAAGAUGUUCUCUUUCCACUGUGUGCAUUUUGCAAACAAUUUUGUUUGCCAUUGUUUCAGGUCUAAUGUUUUUUUACAGACUAUUUGGGGGAUGUUUUCAGACAAAGUGCCUAUGCUUUUAGAUAUACUGUAGAAAACGUAAAACGUCAACUGUUUUCUAAAACAUCCCCACUUGAAUAGAUGUUUGUUUCAUUGCGUAUGAAACUGUGCAGGAAACCGUGUUGUACAGAAAGUUCUGGCAGAGAACUCUACCAACAGUUGGCCUAAAAGACAGAAACGGAAAAAGGAUCAUACGAAGUCCUUUAUUUAUUUAUUCAUUAUUUGAUAAACCAUUAAGUCGUAUCCCGGUGUAGAAGCCAUUAUGAAAACACUGUGUGAGCAAUUAACAACAUGCGAAAUGCAUAGAUAUAGCGAUCCAGUUAUGUUAAUGCCAGUAACACAUUGUGCAUGUAUAAAUAGACCUGGGUUUUUGAAACGAUGUGACAAUGUGAGUCUGUAGAGUAUGUGUUGGCUAGUGGCGGUCUGAAGGAGUUUAAUCCUGAGUUCACUGUGAUUUUACCCAAUUAGCAAAGGGUGCUCCAGUCUGACUCUUUCAUGGUCAUUUUCCUGCAGUCCACUCAAUUUCCGUCCACUUAAUUUCAUCAAACAUCUCAAUCCUCAGAUUCAGACUUCAGCAUGAUUAUGACCUAAUGUUUUGUAUAAAAUACCAUGAAAAAACAUGCAAAGAAAACACUUAAAUGUCGAUCACAGCAACCCUUUGCAUGUAUUUGCAUGCUUAACAUGAGAAUAUCAAAUUGAGUUUCCAUAGAUCAAAGUGGUUAAGUUACAAUAAAAGGCAUUUUAUAGAUCAACCUUGUAUACCGUCAAAGUCAUAUGUUCUCAAAGACGGGAACUUAUCCUUCUCCAGAUGUGUUUACCAUUUGAAUUGUCAAACUGAGUGAAAAGAAUAAAGAUCAACAUAUUUGUAGCUUUUUUACUAUGCAGUCUCUGAGUCAAAGGAAAGGUACCUGCAUGUGCUCAAGUCUGGACCAAUUGGCCAUCGAACGUUAUUAAGUUUUAUUUCUGCGUAACAUUUCACAAAAGAAUACAACGAUACGCAUGUUCUGGCAAUGUGUGUGCAUGUGAAAAACUUGGUACUGUUAGAUACUAUGUAUUAUUUUAUUGUUUCUUUGAUAAAAAAAAGGGUUAACAGUAUUGAUCUCUGUUUAAUGCUGCAGUUGUCUCUACAUUAACCAUUUUAUAUAAAGCAAAGUUCCUUGAAAUAAAUAAGAAUGAAAUGAAUUGGCCUCUGAACUGCUGGAAGUGUUGUGCUGUGGCACUAUGUACAUUUAAUCUGAUGUUCUGAGUCUUGUAUUAACCAUUAAAGACACAUUUGAAAGCUCCGGAAAAAUAAACUGCUCAGUAGACCCUGAGGUAAGAUUA